AUGCAUGACCUCCUCCGUCCCGCGAUCCAGUCCCGAAUAGACCUUGGUGUUCUUCAAACCCAACCAACCGAUCCAACCACAACAAUCAACAACUGCACGACUGUUGUCGACUUAUUUCUAAAGGACUCCAAAAAGCCCAAGAACCCCGAAAAGCUGACACAACAGGCAGAUCAAGUCUCUAUUCUGGAUGAAACAAUGCUGUCCGACGUCCAGAUCCUCAUAUUCACCGGCCACGGAACCACCGCCACAGCACUGUGCUUCAUCUUCCACGAGUUCUUCAAGCACCCAUUCGCCCUCGAAUAACUCCACACUGAACAAGACCAAGUCUUUGAUCCAGAUCCAACCCAAUCGUCCCAAGUCCUCCUCCAGUACCCGCAGGAACUAAACGACCUCCGGUAUACCCUGGCCCUCAUCAAAGAAUCCCUGGGACUGCGCGCCGUCAGGGAAGUUGGG